AUGCAGUUUUUCACUAGCACCAAGGCUAUCCUAGCAGUCCUCGCAGCCCAAACCGCACUCGCGAGUCCCACCAAUCCCGAGAUGUCGCUGAACCCCCGAGGACCUUACUGCUGGACUGCUGGAGCCGUCAACGGACAAUGCGGUCAGGUCUGGGACUUCGAGAACUGCAGCGGCAAGAACCUUCAGCAGAUCGCCCCUGACUGCAAGCAAACAUGCCGCAAAGCCCCUGCGGGUGCAAAGAGCAUCAUGGCGUGGGGAGAUGGGACUUACGGGACGACUUGCUACAUGUAUGAGGAUGAGAACUGCACCCAAGAGAUCAGGCGGACAUCCAACACUAUCGAGAGCUCUUGUGCUACACCUGUCGGGCAGACCAUCAGAAGCUACAAGUGUCUCGCCAAGUGCUGA